CAAAACCAGUUGUUUUGGUUUCAGUCGGCUGUUUAUCGAUUAGAUUUGUUAUUUUUCACAUUACUCAAUCGAGUUGCAAGGAUUCUCUACGUAAAUUUGUUGUCCUAAAGAAAAAUCUCAAUAUUGAAGGAACUAUGGACGAACCAGUUCAGAUAGGAGAUCUACCAGAAGAACUACUGCCGCACAUCUUCGACAAUCUGCCACUGCAAGACCUUAAAAAUGUGUCCCUCGUUAGCCGUCUCUGGUCCCAGAUAGCCUUCUCGGGCCGCUUCAUGAACCGCGUCCUGCUCAAGCUGGACUUUCGCGACGGAGCGCCGGAUUUGCACCGGCAGUAUCUGCUGGAGAGCUCCCGUGCUUACCGACACAUUGGCUUCUACUACCGCAGCGAUCAGCUGGACCUGGGGAUGCUGCUGGAAGUGUUGGAAAAGUUCGAGCAGUCCAUCGUGAGCUUGAAGAUUUGCCCAAACUACUUUAUAAUGCUGGCCGAGCUGAGGCAGAUUUUGGUGCAGGUCCCCAACCUCGAAAGCCUCUACAUCGUGUCCCGGAUUUGCCCCGAACUGGGCAACCGCGAACCCAUGCCUCCCUUCCCGGUCAUGAACAAGCUCAAACAUCUGUACCUGGAGAACGAUGGCGGCCUGCAGCUGAACGAGAUCGACUUCCGGAUCAUGACGCCGCACAUCACCAGCCUCGACAUGGACUGCGACUCGCAACGGGCCCUCGAGGUGUACACCCACUUUAGCGAGCAGCUGCGCGAACUUGCCGUGUUCUUCAAGCGGGACGACUUCUUUUUGCCGUUUUGUGAGCUGCGCUUUCCCAAGUUAGAGGUGCUGGACUUUUACAGUGACGAUCAGCAGUUUGACAUCCCGGAAGCGGUUCGGAUAGUAUGCGCGUUCUUCAGGAGGAUGCCGAAGCUGCGGAGGAUCACACUGCGGUGUAACGUUAAUGAGGAAGUGCUGGCGGUUAUUACGGAGAACUGUCCGGAUUUGGGAACGCUGUAUCUCAAGGGGGACAACUUGGGAGCGAAGUCCUUCCGCCAUCUUGGACAAUUAAAGAAGCUGACGAGUCUCAAAAUCGAAGGAUGGAUCCGGUGUAACAUCCUCCAGGACUGCAAACCGAUACCAUCGCUGGACUCGAUGUACCUCCACUCCGUGCUAAUCGACGACACACAGGGAUUCUUCCGAUUGCUCAAAGAUGUCGCCCCGAACCUACGGAUACUGGAAGCGAUCGAGUCGGACAUCGACGACGAGUGCCUGAAGUACAUCAGUUGCAACAUCGCUUCGCUGCGAAGUUUGCUGUUGGAGUUUUGCCCGAAUCUCACAGAGGACGCCUUCAGCUUCCUGGACCGGUUAACGAACCUGCACGAGCUGAAGCUCGGCUACCUGGACGUCCCGCACAACCUGUUCGAGCUCAUCCCGAAAAACUCGGUCCGCCACCUGGAGCUGUACCGUUGCGACAAACUGGACGACGCAGUCCUCCCACUGGUCGCGGAAAAGUUCCCCCAGCUGUGCUACAUGGAGAUCGCCAGCUGCCACAAGAUCACGCUCGAGGGCGUGGACCGGAUCCGGGCGCUGAUGCCGAGCGCCGAGAUAGUGAGCUUUAUGCUGUUCUAGCUACACGGGAAAACGACCAAGUACUACACGGUGUACUUUGAGCGGAUGCACAGCAAGGAGGAGCGCCACCUGGACGACGGGAUGUGACGGGGUAGAGUCGCGACGAAGGGGACGUUGCUGAACAGGAUGGAGGUGGCCGUUGUGAGGAGGGUUUGGUGCAUGAAGAGGAUGUUUUACUCGCUGACGGGAAGCUCGCGGUGGAAUUGAUUUAUUUGUUUCGCAAAUUUGUAAAAUUGUUUUUGUAAAAAGUAAACAAA